AUGGUUGGAGCUAAAUGGAUUCAUGCUUUCUCCUCGGCAUACGUCGCAGCAACACCGGCAUCGAGACGUGCCGUUACCCAGCCUUUUGCGCGUGAAGCUUGUCAGCAGUACGGACUAAACUUUAUAACCGUGGACUGGCUGCAAGCACAUGGCCAUGUAUUCAGAGAGCGCUGGCUACAACGAUUGCCUAUAGAGCAUAACCCUCAUCACGGCACCAAGCCCUUCCACGUCGAACCAAUCUCGGCGGAUGGCGAACACCAUUACAGAACCGUAACGUUUAGCAGCGGAAGUCAUACGAUUCACAACGCCCCAAGCGAUGAGCAAGCCCGGAUCCUCUGUGUCAAAUUCUGUGAGAACAAUGGUGUUGCAGCAAACAUGAGUUGUGUGUGUAACCGCACCACAUCCUACGGCGAACGAUGUGAAAAGGCAUGCAACUGUUUGAAUCAAGGUCAUUGUGACGACAAGGGUAAAUGCAUCUGCCCGAAAGAAUUUACCGGGAACAAGUGCCAAUUGGUUGUGUGCACGAAUCCCUGGGUGAAAAAGAACAAAGAAUGUGAAUGUAAACCCAGACUAGAUGGACCUAAUUGCACAGAAGUAUGCCAUUGCUUGAAUCAUGGGAAGUGCGCUGAAGACGGUACCUGCGUCUGCCAGAAAGGUUUCCAUGGAGACCUGUGUCAGCAGACUUUUAAGACAAAGUGCCUGGGUACAGAUAACGCAACCUACACCUGGAUGGCUCUCGCCAGCUUGCCGUGUCAUUCACACCUGGACGGUGACAGCUGCCAGAAGAAAACGAACUUGACGCAUGCCCGCCAGAUGUGCAAGAGAAGAGGAUACGACGUGGUCGAAUUUCAUGCCUUCAUUUCCUCGGCUCUGAAUGUGCGCGACUGCAUGGAAGCAUUGCUCAACGAAAUGAUGGAGAGCAGUUUCAAGAGCCCUAUCUCAAUAUGGACAUCUUUCUUGAGAGAGUUGAGGGAUGCUACCAAGACACAUCUCUUGUACAAGCAGGGCAAGAACGGCUUAAGAGAAGAGUUACAUGAUAGAACCGGAGCAGGCCAUCAUGAUGUCAUCUGCGAAGGUAUGCUGUUGCAUUGUGAUAGAAAAAGAACAUGUGAGAGAGGUGCUGAGUAG